AUGGCACCCAAACCCACCUAUACUUCUGAUCAGAUACAUCAAUACUACGACCGUAUUCAACUCCCAGCCGAACAUCGACAUGAGCCAGGCUCAGCAAGCACCGCAAUCGCUCAAGGACCCGGAGGACUGGAAUAUCUCUCUAUACUCCAACGAUACACAUUGGUCAACAUCCCAUUCGAAAACCUAGCACUCCAUUACGCCCGAAACAAAGUCGUCGACAUCGAUCCUCAAAUCCUCUUCGGAAAAGUCGUUUCCAAGAAAUCCGGACGAGGAGGCUAUUGCAUGGAAAUGAAUUGUCUCUUCUCCGUUAUUCUUCGCACCCUAGGCUUCAAAUUAUACUCCACAAGCGGUCGAGUAAGCUCCGCAGCCUCCCCAGACGCCGACAAUGCAGACGACGUACAUUUUCUCGGAUUCGCUCACCACAUCAAUAUUGUUACCAUCCAAGGCGUACGCUACCAUGUUGAUGUGGCGUUUGGUGGAGGCGGUCCUACGAAACCUUUACCACUUGAGGAUGGAAGAGUUCAUUCGAAUACGAGACCUAGUCAGGAGGUUCGAUUACGGUUCGAUACCAUUGGUGAGAAUGAAAGUAAUAACAAACUCUGGAUCUAUGAAAUUCGAAGUCGUCCGGAGAAGCCUUGGUUGCCGCAGUAUUGUUUUCCGGAUGAUUUGGAGUUUCAUCCGGCGGAUUUUGAGUCGAUGAAUUUUUUUACGAGUACGAGUUCGACUUCGUUUUUUACAUGGAUGGUUUUUGUUGUGAAGAGGGUUUUGAGUGAGGAUGGGAGGGAGAUUGUGGGGGAGUCGGUUAUGAUGGGGAGGAAGAUGUAUAGGAGGGUUUUAGGGAUGAAGAAGGUUGAGGUGGAGUUUAAGACGGAGAGGGAGAGGGUGGAGGCGCUGGAGAAGGAGUUUGGGAUUGUGUUGGAUGAGCAAGAGAGGCGGGGGAUUCUGGGGAUGGCUUCGUCGAUAGGGUGA